AACGAAACAGCGCAUCCACUUUUCGUAAGCGAGCCACCACCUGUGAGGCGAGGAUCGGUAUAAAGCGAGGACGAUUCCACGACAUCUUCACUCGUCUCUCGACACCCGAAUCGAAACAAAGCGAGCUGAAAAAUGAUCAAGUCAAUGUGCAUCCUUCUCCUCGUUGCCGCGGUGGCGUCCGCCGGACUGGUCCCAGCCGCCCCUUUGGCCGUGGCCCCGGCCGCUGUGGCCGCUGUUCCAGCGCCCAUCGUCACGGCUAGAAGCAGCCAAGUCGUGGCCAGGAAUUACAACACGUUGGCCGCCGCGCCGCUCGCCGUCGCCGCGCCAUUGCCGGCCGCCGCGUAUCCACCGGUCGCCGUAGCCGCCGCCCCGCUUCACGCGGCACCGCUCCCGUACGCCGCGCUCAACUAUCCCGCUGUUGCCAUAUAAAUUCAUUCCCCCAAGUACGAUCGUCCGACCUGUUGCUUAACUCGAGUUUCCUUUGUUUCUUUUUUUAUCAAAUAAAACUGCAAAUUGAAACAAACAUGAAA